GUGGAACGAGUUAUCUAAUUUUGUACUUCUGCAUCCUGUGUGAGAGUUAUCGUUCGUUGUGUGAAAAAGGCGCAAAGAAUGCACGCUUGUUUUUGUUCUGCCAUGUGAAUGUGAACAUGAUCGCUGAGGAAGUUGGUCAAGCACCUCGUUUUCUUACGGCGAACUUAUGCUGAAAUAAAGACCGUAAACUAGCUGCCGAGUUUUUUGUGGUAAAUACGGGGGCAACACAGUAAGAAAACGAGAUUGACAGCUUUCAAGAUGCAGAAUUCCGAGGAUGUCCAGAACGAGGGGACAGGAAAGAGGACACGGGUUCUCACGGAAAGAGCACAGGAAAAUCACACAGCCCAAGUAAGAAAAUAUGAAAGAACUCUGAGAGAACUGAAACACCAGAUAGAGGAAGAGACCCUAAUAUACAUGUACCAAGAGCUACAAGAUUACAGUGAUGUAAUAGUUCUUGACCAGUGUCUGAGGAGAACUGAGUCGGCGGUAUCCAAGUAUUCUCGGAUUUCACAGGAUUUCAUAGACUUUCUUAAAAGAGCAAACACUGAGGAAACACUUAUGCAAGCCUCAACCGAGCGUUUCAUUAGAGAAACUGUUAUUACAAAAACCGAAAUCUUACUUCAACACAUUCAGAAAUCGAUAUCAAAGACUAAAGAAAUACAUCCAGAAAACCCAGAAUUUGCUAUCUCACAAUUAGAACCCAAACCUAGUGUUAAUCCCAAAAUUGAACCCCAGUCAAUGUCAACAGAUCCUAGAUCACACCUAUUGAAGACUUCCAAAGUAAAAGCUCCAAGCUCAGCAGCAAAUUCCCGACGUUCCAAGCACAGCUCAAGCGUUUUCAGUUCCUUGUCGUCUUCUGGCUUGAUAAUGCAACAAAGGGCAAAGGCUGAGGCAGCAAAGGCCAAACUUAAAUUUGUCAACUUAGAAGCAAACUUACAAAAGGAACUCUUGGUUCUCACAGCCCGGAAAGAAGCAGCUGUAGCAGAAGCAGAACUGAAUGCCAUGCUCGAAUAGACUGAAGGAUCCAGCGUUGAAGAUCUAAGUGAAAUUCAACAAGAAAGGACAAAGACCUUUGUCCGCGAGCAGAAUCUUACACUACAGUCGAGUGAGCAU